GAUGUUUGGAAUUAGGGCUAAUUAGUGAAGCUUACGCAAUAUCAAAUGCAGAUAGAGACUUAACCGGUGAAGGCAGCAGAGACCGACGAGUCACGUAAGCAGCAGCAUGAUAAUACUACUAUAAAAGCCAAUAUUCUCUCUCCUCCCUCGCCUCCAUCACUUUCAAGCGCCUUUUGCAUAUUGAAGAAGAAAUCUCAGUGCAUCCAUCUCGUUCAGUCACCAAUUACGAGACGAUACGACAGAACAAAAGACAAGACUCGUCCCGAUUUGAUUCACAGCUGAUUUCAUUAUUGGCCCUGACUUGGUGGGGUUGAAACGUAAAAAGGUCUUGUUUUUGGAUGUCUGCAAGACCCACCCUAGUGUAUUUGGGAGAAUUCGCCAUUAAAUUUGCUGCCUAUUGUUCCAGGAUAAAGUGAGUGAAGGCUUAAGUCUUAACCAAUAAGCUCGAGCUUCCCACGGGUGCGCAAAAAUGCUCUUUGGAUGGUCUAUCUGUGAAUGAUAUUAGGGAUUUGAUUUACUUAUUGAGGUUUUAGUUUCAUUCUUUCCAAUGCCUUUCCGGCGGUGGAAGUAUUUAUGACUUCCGUCAAGCCAUUGCUGUUACUGUCUGAGCCUUCUUUUGAACCAGAACCUCGUCCUUACGAUCAACACUAUUCUUCUUCUCUUGUGAGUAAAAAGGACUUUCAUUCAGCCGAGCUUCAGUCUCACAAGCCACAUUCAUCAGAAUCCCCCCGAAGGAUAGGAAACGCCUCGUAUCGUGGAGUGGAACGGAGGACCAUUGGCAUGACAAAGCAGCUUUUGAAAUAUCCCGUGAUUCAUCUAGGGUGGCUUCAUCUGGAGCAGCAUCCACCCGUGAUUCGUCUUUGUCUAGGGCUUCUUCUCGCGUCCAGGAUAAGCUGAACACAUCUCAGAGGCUUCUUCAGAAAAGCAUGCAGUUGGAGGAUAGCUUAUUACAUGGAAGUAACCCUAGGUUGAUCCAUGUUAAUGAUCCAAAAAAGACUAAUGAUAAGUUUGAUUUCUGUGGAAAUGAGAUCAGAACUAGCAAGUAUACAGUAAUAACUUUCUUGCCGAAGAACCUAUUCAUUCAGUUUCAUCGGGUUGCCUAUUUAUACUUUUUAGCUAUCGCUGCUCUGAAUCAGCUUCCACCUCUUGCUGUAUUUGGGAGAACUGUGUCUCUGUUUCCUCUUCUGUUUGUGCUUUCUGUGACAGCUAUAAAAGAUGGUUAUGAGGAUUGGCGGAGACACAGAUCAGAUAGGAACGAGAAUAACCGGGAGGCUCUAGUACUUCAAUCUGGUGGGAAGUUUCAGUUAAAAAGAUGGAAGACAAUCCGGGCUGGUGAGGUUGUGAAGAUCCUUGCUAAUGAGACUAUUCCCUGUGACAUGGUGUUGUUAGGAACCAGUGAUCCUAGUGGAAUUGCUUAUAUUCAGACAAUGAAUCUUGAUGGUGAAUCAAACUUGAAGACAAGGUAUGCUAGGCAAGAAACAACUUCAUUAGUGUGUGAAGGGGAGACGAUUUCGGGAGUUAUUAGAUGUGAACAACCUAACAGGAACAUUUAUGAAUUCACGGCCAAUAUGGAGUUUAAUGGGCAUAGAUUUCCGCUCAGCCAAUCGAAUAUCAUAUUGCGUGGUUGCCAGCUGAAGAACACAGAAUGGGCAGUUGGAGUAGCGGUUUAUGCUGGGCAAGAGACUAAAGCUAUGUUGAACAGCACUGCGUCUCCAUCUAAAAGAAGCAGGCUGGAAACAUAUAUGAACCGGGAAACCCUUUGGCUGUCUAUUUUCCUUUUUGUGAUGUGCUUGGUUGUAGCAGUUGGGAUGGGUCUAUGGUUGAAGCGCCAUGAGGAACAGCUUGAUACCUUGCCUUAUUACAGAAGAGUUUACUUUGAAGAAGGAAAACAUGGCAAACAGUAUAAGUACUAUGGGAUUCCUAUGGAAACAUUUUUCUCCUUUCUGAGUUUGAUCAUAGUUUUCCAGAUAAUGAUACCUAUAUCUCUUUAUAUCACCAUGGAGUUAGUUCGCUUGGGACAGUCGUAUUUCAUGAUUGGAGACAGGCAUAUGUAUGAUAUUAACAGUAAUUCUAGGUUUCAGUGCAGAUCCCUAAAUAUCAAUGAGGAUUUGGGUCAGAUUCGCUAUGUUUUUUCAGAUAAAACAGGAACACUUACCGAAAAUAAGAUGGAAUUCAGAAGAGCUAGUGUGUGGGGAAAAAGUUAUGGGAGAUCCCUUUCUGCUGCUGAUGCAUCAGUAAACACAGAUAUUGGAGAAGAACCAAUCCAACAUCCUUCGAGUCGAAGAAAGUUAACUAUCAAAUCAGAAGUUCCAACUGAUGUUGAACUAAUGCAAUUGUUACAUGCCAAGCUAGACGGAGAAGAGAGGAUUGCUGCAGACGAGUUUUUUCUGACAUUGGCAGCAUGUAAUACCGUGAUUCCUAUUCCUACCAAAAGUUCUUCUAGUGGUAUACAGAACAAUGUGGACGACACUGACAUCACCAUUGAGUAUCAAGGUGAAUCUCCUGAUGAACAAGCACUAGUAGCUGCUGCAUCUGCUUAUGGGUAUACACUGUGUGAGCGGACAUCUGGUCAUAUUGUGACUGAUGUCAAGGGUGAGAAACUAAGGUUGGAUGUCUUAGGACUUCAUGAGUUUGACAGUGUGCGUAAAAGAAUGUCUGUUGUUAUUAGAUUCCCAAAUGAUUCUGUAAAAGUUUUGGUCAAAGGGGCUGAUACUUCAAUGUUUAGCAUUUUAAGCAAAGAGCAUGAAACUCAUGAACACAUAAAGAAUACCACUCAUACUCAUUUGAAUGAGUACUCCUCUGAAGGACUGCGAACCCUUGUGGUCGCUGCAAGGGACCUUACAGGAGAAGAACUUGAGGAGUGGCAAUGCUUGUAUGAGGAUGCUAGUACAACUUUGAAUGACAGAUCAGCAAAAUUACGCCAAACAGCAUCUCUAAUCGAGUGCAAUUUAACUCUACUUGGCGCCACCGCAAUAGAGGACAAACUACAAGAGGGUGUACCAGAAGCUAUUGAGUCUUUGCGGCAAGCAGGAAUAAAGGUUUGGGUUCUUACUGGAGAUAAGCAAGAAACUGCAAUUUCAAUUGGUUUGUCUUGCAAACUCUUGACCUCUGACAUGCACCAGAUCAUCAUUAAUGGCUCUUCAGAAAAUGAAUGCAAAAGGUUAUUGUCAGACGCCAAGGCCAAAUAUGGCGUGAAGCCCGCAAGUUGUGAUAAUCGGAUCUUAAAAUUGCAGAGAGAAGCAGAAAAUGGUUAUCAUGAAAUUCCAGAGGGCACAAAGUCAUAUAAAUUACCGCAGCAGCUUGCGGGAGAGGAAGGAAUUUCUGUUGGACCUCUAGCACUCAUAAUUGAUGGGAAUAGUCUUGUGUAUAUCUUGGAGAAAGAUCUUGAGUCUGAGCUCUUCGAUCUUGCGACUUCAUGUAAAGUUGUGCUUUGCUGUCGCGUUGCCCCUUUGCAGAAGGCUGGAAUUGUUGAUCUAAUAAAGAGCCGCACUGAUGAUAUGACACUAGCCAUAGGUGAUGGGGCUAACGAUGUUUCAAUGAUCCAAAUCGCGGAUGUUGGUGUUGGAAUAUGUGGUCAAGAAGGGCGCCAAGCUGUGAUGGCAUCAGACUUUGCUAUGGGACAGUUUCGAUUUCUGAAGCGUUUGCUUCUUGUGCAUGGACAUUGGAAUUACCAGCGUGUUGGUUAUUUGGUUCUUUACAACUUCUACCGCAAUGCUGUUUUUGUUUUCAUGCUUUUCUGGUACAUAUUGUGCACAGCUUUUUCUGCAACUUCUGCAUUAACAGAUUGGAGUAGUAUGUUUUAUUCUGUCAUCUAUACUUCCGUACCUACAGUAAUUGUUGGUAUUCUGGACAAGGACUUAAGUCAUAAGACACUACUUAAGUAUCCUAAACUCUAUGCUGCUGGCCACAGACAGGAAAGUUACAAUAUGAAACUCUUCUGGGUCACCAUGAUUGAUACAGUUUGGCAGAGCCUUGUUCUUUUUUAUGUACCACUAUUCACUUAUCAUCAGAGCGAUGUUGACAUAUGGAGUAUGGGUAGCUUGUGGACAAUUGCAGUAGUGAUCCUUGUCAACAUUCACUUGGCAAUGGACAUACAGCGCUGGGUAAUAUAUACUCAUAUGGCAGUGUGGGGGUCAAUUAUUAUCAUGUAUGUCUGUUUGGUGGUGCUGGACUCUAUACCUGUCUUCCCUAAUUAUGGUACAAUUUAUCAGCUGGUGAAGUCACCUACGUACUGGCUCUUAAUUUUGCUUAUUAUAGUUAUGGCUCUGCUUCCUCGCUUUAUUCUCAAAGUUAUGCACCAAAUUUUCUGGCCGUCGGACAUCCAGAUAGCUAGAGAAGCAGAGAUAUCGAGGAAAAGACCUAGCCAUUCUAGGUCUAGAUCAGGUCACGGUGAAAGCUAAUAUGUGCUGUCUACAUUGCCAAUCACCCAAUUAGAUAUAACUUCCGUUGGGUUUGCCUGGUGCUUGGCUUCCCGUCGUAUUCAGGUUUAGAAGUUGCAGGUAUGUCACCACUCCCUAACAAGGGAAUCGAGCAUUUAACUAUUUACGAUGUCUCCCACGGGGAUGGAAAUCAAAAUCGGGCAGGAUUUGCUCAAUCAAAUUCGAUCUUACCCGAUCUAAGGUUUACCAUCUCUCUGUCCUCGUGCAUCUUUUCAAAUUGGCCAAAGGAAAAUCAAAAGAAUGCUUAUAGUGUAUCCAUUACCGGAUAAAACUACCUUUUCUUGUAAAAAGAUAAUCUUUCCAUUGUUUAAAAGGAAAAAAAAUAAAAUAAUUGUUAGGUGCUUUUAGAAUGGAAAUGACAGUUAAAAAGGGGUCAGUAUUUUAGGGAAGAUAUCCUUCUCAUGAUGUGAAACUUACCGAUGCCAUUUUCCAUCCCCUAUUUUUGUCAUGCUGCACCCCCGAGUUGUCUCUGAUAUAAGAGCAGAGAACUAGUCUUUCGAGAUAGCGCAAAGUGUUUAGGACAAAGGUUGCUUAACACUAACAUAUCUCGCUCAUGCUUCAGAUGAGGUACACACAUAAGAAAAGAUCUGGUGGAGUCACCAUUUGACUGAAAGAAAAGGGAAGAGAUGUUGACAAUAUUGGGCCUCAGCCACAUUAACAUUUGAUUUGAAGACAUACCCGGCCCAUUUGUAUAGUUACUGGCCCAGUUGUAUUAAGUGGCCCAUCUGUAUUUUUCAUUUGGGUGUAUUGUAUAUGUGUAAUCAGAAGUUUCUAAACACAGUUGAGGUCAAUUCAUUUUUCUUUCUUUCGGAUA